AGAGAGAGAGAGAGAGGGAGGGAGAGGGAGGUAGAGGGAGGGAGAGAGAGAUAAUGAAUAUGCAGUCUCUGAGCUCUACCGAGUUGUUCCGCAGAGACUUGACCGAGCAGCCGGUGCUGUUUGAAGAGCAUUCGGGAGUGAGAAAGGUGAUCUUGAACCGGCCUUCCAAGUUAAACUCCCUCAAUCUCGAAAUGAUUUCUCAGAUGUUUAGCAAGUUGAAGAUCUACGAGGACGAUCCUACUGUCAAUGCUGUCAUCUUGAAGGGAAACGGGAAAGCAUUUUGUGCGGGCGGUGAUGUUUUCCAAAAUAUCUGCUCCAUGUUAACAGGACAUUGGAGCUUUGGAGCAAGCUUUUACAAGAAACAACUCACCUUGGAUCACUUGAUAGCCACCUAUAAAAAGCCUUUGGUAUGCCUCACCAAUGGAGUGGUAAUGGGCGGCGGCGCUGGACUCUCCAUGCACGCAAGCUUUAGAGUCGUGACAGAGAAGACGGUAUUUGCAAUGCCUGAAGCAAUACUCGGAAUCUUUCCUGAUGUGGGUGCAUCUCAUUUCCUACCCAAGCUUCCCGGUUACUUUGGUGAAUAUCUAGGAUUAACCGGAGCACGGCUGGAUGGAGAAACAAUGCUUGCAUGUGGCCUCGCAACUCAUUUUGUCUUUUCAAAGGAUCUUCCUCUUCUAGAGCAUGCUCUCUCUUCGGUGGAUUCGUCAAAUGCAUCAGACAUAUUGUCGGUCAUCAACAAUUAUGCGUGCAAAUCCAAUAUGAAAGAGGAAGAACUCCACAAAAGAUUGAAGAGCAUAAACAGAUGUUUUUCAAGACAGACGGUGGAGGGCAUAUUACAUUCUCUUGAGGAGGAGCUGCUAAAUAACUUGGCAGAGAAAUGGAUCGCCGAGGCAGUGAACAGUAUGAAGUCUGCUAGUCCGACCAGCCUAAAGAUUUCUCUGAGAUCGAUAAGAGAAGGACGUGGUCAGACGAUUGAACAAUGUCUAGCUCGCGAGUACACCGUCUUUUGCAACAUCGUGCGAAGGAAGAUCACCAAUGACUACUAUGAGGGUUCAAGGGCAAUUUUUUUCGAUAAAGACAAAAAACCCAAGUGGGAGCCGCCGAAGUUAGAGUUGGUCGGAGCAGAGAUGGUGGACAUGCUAUUUAAAGCAUUCGAGGAUGAUGACGACUGGAAUUGUCUACAGCUCCCUGCACGGUCCUCCAACGUGCUUGACCACGCAAGGUCAAAGCUCUGAAUGAACGUAUUUGUGACAUGUCACAAAGCUGAUCAGAGAACCCGCAGCAAGUAGAAAGAGAGAAAGAAGGAAGAGAGAAGGAAU